GAAUAUAACCAUUUAAUUUCAGGAGUAAAGUGAGACCUGGAGGACAACAAAGUGAACUCCUAAAGGACCAAUCUUUAUGAGAAACAUAACAGAACCUUAUAUCCUUCCACAGGUUGCCUUUGAAUGAUUCCUAGAGUUUUGUGUUUUCUUUUCUACACAUGCAUACACACACAAUAAGAUAUAUGUAUAUAUAUAUAGAAAGAAAGAUUAGAGAAGAUAAAUUUUCAAGUUAUUUUGCUCUUCUUCCACUUGGUAAAGAUUUAGCAUCUCUUCUGGACUUCAUCUUAAAACCCAUGGAAUCAAAUAGAGCUAUCACAACCAUUUGUAUUCUCCUUUGUCUCUUUCUCUCGGCCAGCUUCUUCACUUAUUCUGUAGAUGCAAGAAAACUUGUGGGGCAUGAGAGAGACUCAAAGAAGAAGCCAAAGAAGCUGAUCAUCAAAGCAUUAAAACAUACAUCAAUGUUAGAGAAAAUGAUGACACAACUCAAUCUAGCUCAGCCUUUGGAUUACUCAACAACAUCCUGCAACACUCAACCUAAUAGUGUUAGUGCAACUCUCACUCUAUCUCCCUAUGUUCCACUUGCCCCACUGUCAGUUCCCGAAAAUGCCUCUCCUUUUUGCGUCAAUCCUCCAAAUACUCCGCUAAACUCACCUCCUUCCUCCUCCUACCCUGAACUUAGCCCACCUCCAGGCCCAAUCAAUGUACCUAACCCAGCUGAAUCAUCUUCUAAUCCGAACUCGAACCCAAACACACCUGACUCCACCUCAAACCCAAACUCAAUUCCAAACCCACCUGAAACAUCCUCCUCUAACCCGAACCCACCUGUUACCGUUCCUAACCCACCCGAAUCAUCUUCUAACCCAAACCCACCAGAAUCAUCAUUAAACCCCAACCCACCCGUUACAGUCCCAAACCCGCCAGAGACCGUUCCUAGCCCUUCAGUACCUGGUUAUACACCAGGCCCAUCAGGACCCAUUUCAGGCCCACCUUACUCCGAGCCAGGCCCAUCAACCCCGACCGACACUCCUACACCGUCUGGUAAUAUUCCAACCCCAUCAUCAGGGUUUUUACCUCCGAUCGUCUAUCCGCCUCCUAUGGUACCACCGCCACCAAGCGUGACUCCGACCUCGGCUUACUGGUGCGUUGCUAAGCCUUCAGUGCCUGACCCAAUCAUCCAAGAAGCCAUGAAUUUUGCAUGUGGGUCAGGAGCUGAUUGCCAUUCAAUUCAGCCCAAUGGGGCAUGCUUUAAACCCAAUACAUUGUGGGCCCAUGCUUCAUACGCCUUCAAUAGCUAUUGGCAGCGGACCAAAGGUUCUGGUGGGUCGUGCUCGUUCGGCGGCACCGGCAUGCUUGUCACCGUCGACCCAAGCUUUAAUGGGUGCCAUUUUGAUUUCUUCUAAUGCAUGAAGAUGAAGACGUCUCUCGUUUUUUAAUUUAUUUUUCAUGUGGAUACGAAUAAUAUCAACUAUGUUUUGAUACAUAUACUAUAGUAAGUACAUUAGGUGGGUCUCUCUCACUUGUAAGUUGUAACCAAUUAAGGUUUAUAAAAUACUAAUUUCCUA